ACCGUUCCCGGCGCGCAGUCGCAGCUGACCCUCUCUCCCGCCCCCGCCUGGAGUCCGACGUGGAAGUUGCUGGCUGACUGGGCUUGCGAGGAAACCGGCUCGGAGCUGCAGCCGAAGGCCAAGGAAUCACUGAAGAUCGGCGAGGGAGGACAGGGGGUUCAUCAUGGGUGGCUUUUUCUCAAGUAUAUUUUCCAGUCUGUUUGGAACUCGGGAAAUGAGAAUUUUAAUUUUGGGAUUAGAUGGAGCAGGAAAAACCACAAUUUUGUACAGAUUACAAGUUGGAGAAGUUGUUACUACUAUACCUACCAUUGGAUUUAAUGUAGAGACGGUGACGUACAAAAACCUUAAAUUCCAAGUCUGGGAUUUAGGAGGACAGACAAGUAUCAGGCCAUACUGGAGAUGUUACUAUUCAAACACAGAUGCAGUCAUUUAUGUAGUAGACAGUUGUGACCGAGACCGAAUUGGCAUUUCCAAAUCAGAGUUAGUUGCCAUGUUGGAGGAAGAAGAGCUGAGAAAAGCCAUUUUAGUGGUGUUUGCAAAUAAACAGGACAUGGAACAGGCCAUGACUUCCUCAGAGAUGGCAAAUUCACUUGGGUUACCUGCCUUGAAGGACCGAAAAUGGCAAAUAUUCAAAACGUCAGCAACCAAAGGCACCGGCCUUGAUGAGGCAAUGGAAUGGCAAGUAUCAUGCUUCCAGAAGCCAUCUGUGCAUUUGUGUGUGCUUGCAGCUACGCACGUCCACGUGUAAUUUUUCUCCAGUGUUGAGGAUGAACUUUGAUUUACUUAGCAGCUUAUUUCAUAAGUUCCUCGAGCGUUUUCUCUCACUGGUCUUCAGGUGCAUCUGUCUUCUCAACCACACCUACCUGAUUACAGUUACUUAGAUAAGCAAAUUCUUUGCCAAUUUUUAGCCUUUUCCCUGCCUCACCUCACCCUCCAAUUCCUUAUCUUUCAGGAAUUAGCUUAAGACUCUUCUGAAGAGCUUUUCCUAAUGUAUCUCUAUUCCUACUGCCUAAUCACUCACUUAAAGUUAGAUGCCCUUGUCACAAAUUAGUGACAUAGUACUUGUUUUGCUGUCUUGUAAGUUUGAUUUGUUCAUCUACUCAUUAGAUAAUCACCUCCUUGAGGAUUGAGACUAGUUUCACCUCUGAGUCAUCCAUAUGUAGCCCAGAAGUAGUAGCCUGGAAAAUAGAUAUUUGGUCUUUUUUGAAUUUUUCAUUCAAAUCAUAGACAAAUUCAAAGCUUAAAGGAACCUUAUGGAUAUCUAGUGCAUAACCUCAUCUGUGUUAGCUGUCAUCAUUUUAAGUACUUUGGAAUCCACCUCCAAUACAAAGUUUAUUAUAGAUGAUCAUGCUUUAUACCUGAAAAUUAAUUUUAUAAAACAGUUCAUUUUCUCUUUACAGGUUAGUUGAAACAUUAAAAAGCAGACAGUAAUUCAGUCCAUUCUUCUCCCCUGAAAUGAAGACUGCGUCACCUCUCUCCCUUUGGAAACAGUCAAGUGUACUUCACACUACUAGAUGUUAAAACUAUAUGAUUAUUGGCAUAUACUGACUGACUGCAAUAUUUGUAGUAAAUAGGGAAAAUAAGUAUUUAGUUGGAGGGAUAAUUUGAUCGAAUCACCUGAAUGUUCUAUGUAAUGUAAAAUAUUCUUUUCUUGCUUUAUUGUGUUAAGGUAUAUAUUCUAUUUGUAUGGGAUUCUUAUUCAAAUACAGUUCUAUUAAAGAGUAUACUCCUAUUGGAUGAAAAAAACCUAUUUUUGAAUAGUAGUUGCAGCUUGUUUGUAUAAAUACUAAAAAAUAUCUUAACAGAUUUUUUCCCCUUAAAAUGAAUUAUCUUUCCAAAGAUUAGACUCAGUAUGAGAGUAGGUGAGGAACAUAGUUUGUAUAAUAUAAUCUUUAUUUGCUUACCUGACCACUUUUUAUUAAGCUGUUUUGUUUAAAAGCUUUUGGUUAUAGGCAUGAAUAUUGUUUUGAUGGUUAACUUCACUGACUUAUCUGUAAUUGUCAUUUUAUAGUACUUUACAGUUGUCAAAAAAAAUCUUACAUAUAUUGAUCUAGUUGAUCGGUAGAGGAAGCUUGUGAAGUAGGUAGGACAGGUUAUGAUGUCUUCACUGUAUGGACGUGAACCCAGGGUUCUAAUAGGUUGGCUUGCCCAAGGUCACCUGCUAGCUGGUAAGGUAGGAAUAGGGCUCAAAGUAAAACUUUUGGUUCAGAAGCUUGAGUCAUAAACUAUACUAUAUAUUCCCAAAAAUGUCAGUAUUGACAACACAGUCUGACUCUUAAAUAAAAUUAUGCUAAUUAGUUACAUUCAAAAUAAUGUCUAUAAAUUUAUUUGUCUAUACUAGUAGAAGUGAUCAGUGACAUACUAUAAAUAAUCCUAAAUGGUUAUAUUUGAUGGAAUUCAUAACACAUUAAAGGAAGGUUUAAAAAUCUAUUUUCAGAUUAUAAAAGGUGUCUUUACUGGUUUUCAUUAUCUACAUGUAAUUGGACAUGUAAACUUGUUAAAAAUCAAAAUCUUACUGGUUGUACAGGGAGAAAUUAGGCAUUCUGUUUUAAAAAUUAGGCUUAUUGCUAGACUGUGUUUAAAAACAAUUCAUGUUCAAAGGAGCUUUUCAAAUUACCCAGUCUACCACAGAAUCAGCUAAUGUGACAGAAGUAAAUAUAGUGCUUCAUAAUUGCUAAAAACAGGGUGAAUUUCUUUCACUGAAGUUGGAAAACCAGCCUCUAAAAAAUUAGGUGCUGGUAAUGAGAGCUUAAUACCAUGGUUCCCCGCAGGUCUCAGAAACAGUAGUAGUUCCUUUCUUGGCCCUCACUGUCCUUCCAGUGUUGGCCUCUGGCCUCUUCCCCUCACAUUUAUGUUCAUUCUCCGGGCUUAUAUUCAUUCUCUGCUGCUUUCUCCCUUCACCCGCGGGACUCUCACCCUUCUUGCUCAUUCACCAGCACCCAUUCCUACUUUAGUCUCUUUGAAAUCUUUUUUGGAGAUUUUCCUUCAGCUACAAGUGUUCCAGUACAACCAAUAUUACUCCUAAGGGGCAAAGACUUUUUCAUAUUUAUGUCCCUAGUAUCUGGUAUGGCACCUGGCAUAUGGCAUUUCAGAAUAUGUUCAUAGUUGAAACAGUAGGAUAGAUAUUUGUCAUCUUGACAAGUAGCCCUUUGCAAUUUAUACUUGAGUUCACUUCUGGUCAGUGGCACAUGGCUGGAAAAUGCAGAAAGCAAGUUCACUUACAGCCUGAGGCUUGUAAAGCUUGUACAGCUGCCUCCCGGCAGUUCAGGAAAACUGCAAAAAAUGGAAAGUAAGGUCCUGGCAGGCAGACCUGGCAUGUAGCUGCUGGCCAUCUUGAAUCCUAGGGCGUGAAGUUGCCCCAAAGUUCAGCACUUGGUUAAGCCUGAUCCCUCUGGUUUAUCACAAAGAAUAGGAUGGGAUAAAGAAAGUGGACACUUAAAUAAGCUAUAAAUUAUAUGGUCCUUGUCUAGCAGGAGACAACUGCACAGGUAUGCUACCAGCAUUUGGAUAUUGAUAUAUACAUGGCAAAUCUGAAUAUUGUUUUAUGAGAGGCCUGGCAAUGGGAAAAACACCAAACUUGAAAUCAGAACAUAGGUGCAAAUGGCCACUCCUGUAGUUUCUUUUCUGUAAAAUGGGAUCUGGACAAAUGAUACCAAACGUUUCUUUCUAACAUUCUAUUUUAUAACUCUGGCCUAUGGUUGUGUUGUGUCUUGCAUAAAAAAAAAAAAAUUUGAGAGUGGUAGAAUUACUUCUGUUAUCUGAAAUACCUGAGAUGCAUUUUAAACUGUUGAAAUGUAAGCUCUGAGGGCAGGGACCGUAUCUUAUUUACUGUUAGUAUCCCUUGCAUCUAGUGUGAUGCACCUGGCACACAGUAGGCACUCAAUAAAUAUGUAUUGAUUAAAAACAAA